AUGAAUGAAGUUAGGCACACGGAGUAUCAAACAGUCUACGAAUCGGCAGUAAUUGCUGAAUAUUUGGAUGACAUAUUUCCCGAAACAGCAAUUCUACCGCACCAUCCGCUUGCAAAAGCCAAUCAAAAAAUGCUAGUCGAAAGGUUGUCGCCGCUUAUUUCGACGAUGUUCAAAGUGCUACACCCAAAUAAUGCGAGCGUCCAAAGGGACGUUGAUAAAUCGCUGCACAAUGCACUCCAGAAUGCUGAAAAGUUAUUAAUCGACGAUUUUUACGGAGGAGAUCAUCAUGAAUUCACUUUAGGUGGAACAAUGGGUUAUGCCGACAUCAUGAUUUGGCCGUUUCUGGAGAGAUUACAACUUGUAACACUCAACCCCUACACACAGUUCAGGUACUGUUGGAUAGGAAUUUUCGUAGGUGAAUCGCUGCAGUUACACAAGACUAAGAAAGAAGAUGCCUCACUAUUUUCCCUAAAUGUGCUUGAAGCUGGAAUGGAAAAGCGAAUUGUAGGCAACUAA